GCGGGGACUGUGGGGGGGGGUACAGUCGCGUGAGCUGAUCCGCGCGGGUUUGAACGGCCGGUGAGGUUCUGGGGACCAACGGCCGCCGGCGCCAUGGGGAAGCUCAAUGUGGUGAUCCUGAGAUACCUGACCAGAGAGGACUUCCGAGUGCUGACAGGGGUUGAAAUGGGAAUGAAGAAUCAUGAAAUUGUACCACCCAGCCUUAUUGCUUCAAUAUCCAAUCUUAAGCAUGGUGGAUGCAACAAAGUCCUACAUGAAUUGGUGAAACAUAAGCUGUUAGCCUAUGAACGAACAAAAACUGUCCAAGGUUAUCGACUGACCUGUGCAGGAUAUGAUUACCUAGCUCUGAAAACUCUUUCUUCUCGAAGCGUUAUAAAUUCUGUCGGAAACCAGAUGGGGGUUGGCAAAGAAUCUGAAAUUUACAUAGUUGCAAGUGAAGAUGAGGUACAGUAUGCUUUGAAACUACAUCGACUGGGACGUACUUCAUUUCGGAACUUGAAGAACAAGCGUGACUACCACAAACACAGGCAAAAAAUGUCAUGGCUUUAUCUCUCACGUCUUGCAGCAAUGAAAGAAUAUGCCUACAUGAAGGCAUUGUACGACCGAGGAUUCCCUGUUCCCAAGCCAGUGGACUUCAACAGACAUGCAGUAGUUAUGGAGCUCAUAAACGGCUUCCCCUUAUGCCAAGUGCACCAACUUGACAAUCCUGCAGCAACAUACAGUGAGCUCAUGGAGCUUAUUGUGAAGCUUGCUAAUCACGGUUUAAUUCACGGUGACUUCAAUGAAUUCAAUUUGAUGUUGGAUGAUAAGGACCGUGUCACAAUGAUUGACUUCCCACAGAUGGUAUCUACAUCUCACCUAAAUGCUGAAUGGUAUUUUGACAGAGACGUAAAAUGUAUCCGAGAUUUUUUCAUUAAACGCUUUCACUACGAGAGUGAACUUUUCCCAACAUUCAAGGAUGUCAGGAGAGAAUCCACUCUGGAUGUGGAGAUAGAAGUUAGUGGUUACACCAAAGAACUACAGGAAGACGAUGAAUUGCUCCAUUCUGCAGGUCCUGAAGAGGAAUAUGACGAAAGUGGACCUUCAGAAGAGGAAUUGGAUGGUGAUGAUCCUACAUUUUCAAAUAAAAAUGCUGGGAAGCAAGAUUUGCUUUCUGAAGAUGAUGCUGAUUCUGCAGCAGAGUGUAGCAUCACUAAAAAAAUGAACGAGAAGCUCAAUGAGAACAAGGAAAUAGAAAAUAUUGAUCUGAGUGAACUGAAAGAAAACAUAGAGGAGAUUGAAAGAAAGUGUGCUCAAGCAGUUAAUGCUGUUGAUGAACUCCCUGGAGAAGAAAAACUUAAAUACAAUACUCAGACAAUGGAUCAAGCAGGUCAUCAUGCUGAAGCAGCAGAAGAUAAUGAAUGCCCAGACCUAGUUGAACUCUCCACUCAGAACAAGGAUUUCAAACCUUUCAGGGAUGAACUCAGCUUGAUGCACAUUAAUGAGCAUAGACAGAGGACUACAAGUUUGAGCUCUGUGGGCAGCAUUGUGAGCACUUCAACCAUCCCUCCUGAAGUGAUUAAACAGAAGAUUAAGCAACAAAUGAGCAAACAGCAGAAAGCAGCCAACAGGCGACGUGUACAGAAGGGCGAAGCCAACAUAUAUACUAAACAACGACGAGAUAACAUGCAAAAUAUCAAAUGGAGUGUUGAAGCACAAAGUUUCUGGGGUUAGAAGGAAACUCUGGAAAUCUGAAAUCUAAGAAACUUAAUUUUUAAAGAGCUGUAAUGAAAUUGUAUUUUGGCAACAUUUUGAAAUGUGCAUUUGAAUUAAUGGCUAUUUGUAUGCCAGACUGUUUAUCUUCACCAAUACAUUUCUAUAUUUGGUCUAAACAUUGCAAAACAUUUUCUUAAUUUGUCUGAAAACUUUUUUUGCUUCUUCUAAAGGAAAAUAGUUUCUGAAGUUUUCUAGACAUUAUUUUCAUCAGAGUAGAAUCUAUCCAGAAAUAACUCUGCAGAAUAAGCCAGUGAUUGAUCUGUCUUGGUUAGACCAGGAUUAAUGGUUAGUAACUGAAAGGCAUGACCAUUAACAUGUGGAUCAUUCAGAUCAAGGUUGCAAAACAAAUUGCUUGGGAUAUGGAAAAAAAUGCUAAAAUAACAAAAUUGUAAUUAUGGACUUGGAAUAAAGAGAAGUAUAGGCAACGGGUGAAAAUAUUCUUUUGGGAUGGGGGGGCUAAAUAAAACUCAGUUAGGUCAGUCCUUUUUAAGACAGGUGAGCCAUUGCACUCGUCAGUCAAGUCAUAGGACAAUCAGAGGUGAGGAUGCCCUGACCAGCAGCCCACUGGAUUGGAAGUAGGCAGGUAUCAACGUCAAGUUGGGAAGAGGGGCAAGAUGGGGCCUGCGGAUGCUGUGGGUUAGGGCUCCUCAGAGGACUGGGAAUGGUCCUCCUUGGGGCUCAGCUUUCUCCCACCAACUCUUAAAGAGGUGAUUUUGGAGGAGAUGGGCUGAGCCCCCUCUAGCCUAGUCAUCUGGCGCCGAUGUAGAAAAGAGAUUCCAUUUAAGCACCGAUAAUCCCAGCAGUGCAAGUUUUACCAGCUUUCCUGUGGCACACCACAGUAAUCUAAAUACCAUUCUUACUAUAGGUUUACUGCAGGUGGCAAUUUAAUCAAUGUUAUUGGAGUCGGAUCAUGAGAAGAAAUUCUUUAAAAAAAAAUCAAUAAAAUUGUGUGAGGCAAGAAA